GAUCUUCGCGACCACUGACUUCAGUGCUUACGUGACAAAUUAAACGAACUGCUGUAGGACUGCUCAGCUAAUCGUAUUUCCUCAUCUUUUUUUUCUUUCCAUUUUGACUAUUUUGGAGAGGACAUAAUGGCCUAUAUAAAGGGGGACGAGCCUCCAGGAACAAGCACCAAAAGCAAGACACCCGCCACUUUGGACACACUUGAAUACCAUAACCAAAAAUACCUUGGUGUUUAAAGUUUUCUUUCACUAAAUAACAAUGGCAUCCAUCGAAUCCAACCGCGCAGCAUGGCUCGUAUCGGAGCGGGCCGACCCCCUUCAAGUCAGCUCAGGCCCUGACCAGACGAAGGCCGAGGAGAACGAGGUUAUCAUUCGGGUUGCUGCAAUUGCUAUCAACCCCUCAGAACCCCACAUCCAGGCGAUUGGAAUUAGCUUCCUGCAGUUGAAGUUUCCGCAUGUUCUUGGCAGUGAUAUCGCUGGGACCGUAGUCAAGGUUGGGUCUAAUGUAAGCCUCUUCCAGCCCGGUGACCGGGUCAUUGGGCAUUGUUUGGGCCUCAUGCACGGCGGUGCUCGACACGGAGGGUUCCAAGAGUUCGCCGCGUGUCUUCAGACUACGGUGGCAAAAAUCCCGGAGUCCCUGCCAUUUGCGCAUGCUGCUGUUCUCCCACUCAGCAUCUCGACAAGUGCCACCGCAUUGUAUGAGCAUCUACAGCUCCGACAGCCAACUGUCGAGCCCACAAAGACAGGGAAGGAUGUUGUUCUCAUCUGGGGAGGGGCAACUUCAAUUGGAAGCUCGGCGAUCCAGAUGGCUGUCGCCUCGGGAUACAAGGUUAUCACCACCGCCAGCGCAAAGAACCACGAGUAUGUCAAAUCCCUUGUCGUGACAGGCAAAGAAGACGUCACCGUGCUGGAUUAUGCGGACGCCGAUAUUAGUCGCAAAAUCAUCGCCCAUAUCAAGGAUCAUGGAUUAGACUUUUCUGGAGUUUAUGAUUGUGUCAGCAAAGAAACGACGGUGCGCGUGUGCGUCGAGGUUGCGGGCACUUUUGGUGGCCACUUGGUUUCGACCGUCUUGCCUGGGGUGACGAGCCCAAGAGAGGAUGUUGAGUUGAGAUUAGUCUGGGCUACAAGUGCUGGCAUGGUGGCCGAUGGCGGACAGUUGAUCUGGAAGAACUUUGUGACUCCGGCCUUGGAGAAUGGUACGCUCAAAGCAAAGCCGGAGCCACAAAUUGUCGGAGAAGGGUUGGAGAAGAUCCAGGAGGCUAUGAACUUGUACAAGAAAGGAGUCAGUGCGACAAAGCUCGUGGUUACCUUGUAGUCGGUCUGCAGCAACAGUAUGAGUGAGAGAAUGUUACGAGGUUAUUGAUGGGAGCGAAAUAGUUAGAUUGAUAAGUGACCGCAUUUGCUAUUAUGCGUAGGAGAUACAUGGCAGCCGCGAAAUGCACGGUGAAUGACGAUGCCAAAACAACAGCAACAGCAAGGUUGGAUGAGAUUAGCUUGCAACAGAAUACCUGACUCGCCAACCCUAGCCAAUCUUUACAUCAUCGAGUCAUAUUAGGUUUAUCAUAAUCAUAGAAGGACGGCUUGUUGGUAUCAAACGAAGACGGUCACCAAGCUCAAGUGGUUUUGUUGUUUCUGUUCCCGAAUGUCUCACCUGGGGGUCGGUUGAAAGAUGGUG